AUGUCAAAAUUUACGUUCUACCGCCUCAGGAAGAACUCAUGGUAUAUAUUUGGGUUCCCACUGGCGUCGCUGGUGAUGAUCUAUUUUAUUUUCUUUAGGCAGACCGAUCAAUUGCUGGGGCUUGAUCACAAGUCUAUAGCAGACCAUAAAUGGGCCCAUGAGCACGAAAGUACAUUCUAUUUCCCUUACGCAAGCAAGUACAGAAUGCCUAAGUAUUCGUAUAAGGAAAAAUCAAACUGGCUGUUCAAUGACCGGGUAGAAGACAUCAUACCUGAGGGCCACAUUGCGCAUUAUGACUUGAAUAAGUUACAGGCAACAAAAGAUGCUGCUAUUAACAAGGAACACAUUUUGAUCCUCACACCAAUGCAAACUUUUCAUGAUAAAUAUUGGGAAAAUUUGUUGCAAUUAACUUAUCCAAGAGAAUUAAUUGAACUUGGAUUCAUUUUACCACGUACAACAACGGGAAAUGCAGCAUUGGCCAAAUUGGAAGCUGCUGUCAAAAAAAUUCAAACGGGAAAAAAAAACGAAAGGUUCGCCAAGGUCACCAUUUUGAGACAAGCAUCCCAAAGUUUUGACAAAUUGAUGGAGAAGGAAAGACAUAAGUUGGAGGUUCAAAAGGAAAGACGUUCUGCAAUGGCUUUAGCCAGAAAUGAACUUCUAUUCUCAACUAUUGGCCCAUAUACUUCAUGGAUUCUGUGGUUAGAUGGCGAUAUUGUUGAGACGCCGAUUACUUUGCUUCAAGAUAUGACUUCGCACGAUAAGCCUAUUCUGGCUGCAAAUGUUUUCCAAAGGUUCUUCGACAGCGAUAACAAUAGAAAUUCAAUUAGACCCUACGAUUUCAAUAACUGGGCUGAAAGUGAUGAGGGUUUAAAAUUAGCUGCUCAAAUGAGAGAUGACGAAAUUAUCGUUGAAGGCUACAGUGAAAUGGCCACCUGGAGACCGCUUAUGGCAAAAUUCUAUGAGCCAAAGAACUCACAAAACGAACUCAUGGCAUUAGAUGGCGUUGGUGGUGGCUGCACUUUAGUAAAGGCGGAUGUUCAUAGGGAUGGUGCCAUGUUCCCAAGUUUUCCGUUUUAUAACCUAAUAGAAACAGAGGGCUUUGCAAAAAUGGCUAAAAGGUUGACUUACGAGGUCUGGGGUCUUCCAAACUAUCUUGUGUAUCAUAUUGAAGAGACGAAUGAAUGA